UCCGAAAUUUUAUUAUUUUCCUCCGCAGAUCAUUUCAGCUCAAAUCCGAAGCCCUAAUUUCUUUUUUAUUUUUUAUCAUCGGAAAUGGGAUUAUGGGAAGCUUUUCUCAAUUGGCUUCGAAGUCUCUUUUUCAAGCAAGAAAUGGAGUUAUCUUUAAUAGGCCUCCAGAAUGCCGGAAAGACAUCCCUUGUUAAUGUCAUUGCUCUUGACUUCUUUUUCCGCAUCUUAUUUCAAGACUGGUGGAUAUAGUGAAGAUAUGAUACCAACGGUAGGGUUUAAUAUGAGGAAGGUAACUAAAGGAAAUGUCACAAUAAAGUUAUGGGAUCUUGGGGGUCAACCAAGGUUCCGGAGUAUGUGGGAGAGAUACUGCCGUGCUGUUUCGGCUAUCGUCUAUGUCGUUGAUGCUGCUGAUUCUGAUAACUUAUCCGUCUCGAGAAGAGAACUCCAUGACCUGUUAGGUAAAUCCUUACUGAAUGGUAUUCCCCUGCUGGUACUUGGAAACAAGAUCGACAAACCAGAAGCCUUGUCCAAGGAAAAUUUGACAGAGCAAAUGGGGCUGAAGUCUAUUACGGACAGAGAAGUUUGCUGCUAUAUGAUUUCAUGCAAGAAUUCAACCAACAUCGAUACGGUGAUCGAUUGGCUUGUGAAGCAUUCAAAAUCAAAAAAUUGAACCCUCAAAAUUUCACUUUGCUGUCUUUGUUGUCUUUCUAACAAGGUUUGUCCGUGGCUGGGACCAUGGUCUUAAUUUUCCAACUUGGCUUGAAUCAUUGGUAUUAUAUAUAUAUAUAGUUUGGUGGGUGAGUGGGGCAUAAAUUUGUUUAAUCUUGUUUCAUGUACAGAAUAUUGAGUUGUAAACAACUGAACAUGGUAAACCGUUUCGUCGUUUUGAAUCAAAUAAAAGCCUUUUGGAUGAUAUUUUUCCCU